UCACUAGGGGGAAACCGCCAUUUUACCUCCGUCCUGCCCAGGCUGUGUGGCAAUUGGGGCUGCCUGCGGCCCAAGGGUUGCAUCUGGUACUGGCUGCGCCCCCGCACCUACAGCACGCCGACGUGAGGGCGUCACAUGCGAAGUUUCAGCAGCGGCGGCUGCCGAGAAGGGCUUCAUCGACUGCUUCUUGAUCUUGCGAUAGGCGACGAUCGGCCCCCCGCGAGUCAAUAUCGGGCGGAUGACGCACUUUUUUGCGGAAAGCCCGAGUAGGCAUGUUCGCCGGCCAUUUGGAACGAAAAAGUGCGUCAUCCACCCACGGGACCACGCACUCAUUCGUUUCCAAGACGGCCGCAAACAGGGCCUCGAACCUGCCGACACGGCGGUCUCUCGCUGGAGUAACGACCGGAAUCGAUGGUCGGCAUGGUAGGCGACCUCCCACCGCCGCGGCGACGCUCAGAGGCUGCACUAAGGCCUCAAAGACAUUGCCUCGAGAUAGAGCAAUUUGCUUUCGGAUCUCCGCGAGCGAAUAUCGGGUGGGUAACCAAUGUUUUGAUGGAUCGGCGUUCUAGGCUUACUCGACGGCCAUUCCGAACGAAAAGGUUGGUUACCCACCCACAAGAUCAUGCACUUAUUCGUUUCCGAAGACAGCCGAAAAUGGGCCCGCGACGGUGCAUCUUACGGCGUUUUUUCGCUGGAUUUUCCAUCGCGAUCCUUAGUCGGUAUGGUUUGGCGCUGCCUCGCGGAGCCACGACGCUCAACGGCUGCGUUAAGGCCAUAUGCACACCAUUUUGUGAUAUAGUACUUGUAUAAAUUUAUUAAUUUUGU